GCCGGCCCAGAUUAAAACAGAGCACCCUCUGUUCUUUUUUUCUAUCUCCCUUCUAUACUCCAUUUUCUCUCUCUAGAAAGAUGAGUGACUUUCAAGUUUGAAGCCUCAAGAGUGUUAUUAGCUAUCAGCAAUGAAGAAGAAGCUCUUCCUCUGUUUCCGACCGAUCGCGGUCAAAAUAGAGACGAAAUCCGUCGGCCCUGAUUCCUUCGAUGACCGUAUUUCCUCCACUCCUGCCACACCCGCUAAAAGUAGAAGUCCCAAGACUUGUUUCCUUAAGAAAUCCCCCGUUUCCGCCGUCGAAAGGUCGAGAUUUUCGGAGAAGGAAAUUUCGGAGAAGAAAAGGGUAAGAAGCAAGUCCUUCUCCGGGUUUGCCCUGUUAGAAAUUUCCUUGAAGAAGAAAGCUGGUGAAAAGAAAGCUAGUAUUAAAAUCGUUGAGGAUUCAAGAAUCAGUGAUUCAAGCAAAAGGGAUGCCCUUUUUUCACACGCGGCACCCAAAUCAUCACCACCCACUUUAUCCUCUUCUUCGACGAAUUCAUUGCCCACCCCGAAAACCCCGUCCGAAGGAAACAAGGAUUUUCCCACAGAGCCCAGUACUCCAUUGACUCAGAAAAAACACAUCAUCCACCAAGGUCACAGAAAGAGCGAAACGACAGUGAUCAACGGCCUCCGUAACUCUUACGAAGGGAUGCUGUUGAUCCUCGUCAACCUCGUCAUCACCGUGUUUUACGGCCGUCUGUGCGCCGUGCUGUUUUCGUGUCUGUUCCUGUACUCAAUUUGCCGGCUGAGGAACAGUAAACGGCUGGUAGAGCCGGCGGAAAAAGUGGCAGUGGCGGCGGAGACGGUGGAGAGAGAUUACCGGAAGAGAGUCAUAAUGGAAGGACUGCUGCAGAGGAACAACCACCACCACCACCAGCGGAGAGGGCAUUAAAUUUGUUGGCGUCAACCGUGAAUUUUUUGCUUUAGCGUGUUGUAACUGCUAUACCUCUAAAUUCAAUGGGCCAAUUUAAAGCUCUGGUCUGUCACAAUCUUUGUACUAACAUUUUUUGGGAGGAGAAUAAUCGAAUGUAUACUUCUCUUGUCA